GCUCGACUUAUCCAAAGAGUUUCCCAGAUCUUUGUGUCAGAACGCCGACAGGCCAGGCACGACCACUGCAAGCGGAGGCAGUAGAUCAGCUAGUAGCACUGGGCGGCCGGGAGCAAUAAAUGAUCCCACCCGGGCGGCUAGUCGGGACAAGUGUGAGUUUGUGUUGCGAAAUGUAGCCAAACUCCUGUCCUUCUCACCAGUGUCCUCGACGUCUGGAAGCCAGCCGCAAAACAACGGACAGGCACUUCAUCUAGGGCCACAAUCCACCCUGAACGCAGCGACCCCCAGCACAACUUCUACCCUUAGCAAGCCAGUUAUUGCCAAGCUGAUCCCCACGCUCGCGGCCACCCUUCUCCGAUCACCUGCGUUCGAG